GCAGUUUAGUGAAGCAUGUUCUUUGAAAACACAUUUGAGAGUGCACACUGGAGAAAAACCGUACAAAUGUGAAAUUUGUUUCAAGUCUUUUAUUACAACAAGUAAUUUAAAAACACAUUUGAGAUCGCACACUGGAGAAAAACCUCACAGGUGUGAAAUUUGUUUGACGCAGUUUACCCAGAAAAUUAAUAUGGAACGUCAUUUGAAGGUGCACACUGAUAAAAUAACUUGUAAGUGUGAUGUUUGUUUUAAAGAAUAUACUGGAACAGAUAGUCUGAAUAGCCACAUCAAAUUGCACACUGGGGCAGUGCCCAUGUGCAAAAUUUGUUCUAAGCAUUUUAGUACUGCGAGUAAUUUAAAAAAACAUUUGAAGUUACAUACAGGAGAGAAACCUUUCAAUUGUGAUAUUUGUUUUAAGCAGUUUACGCAAGCAAGUAACUUGACAGCACAUUUGAAAUUACACACUGGAGAAAAACCUCACAAGUGUCAAAUUUGUUUUAAGCAGUUUAGCCAACCAAGUCAUUUGACAGUACAUUUGAGAUUACACACUGGAGAGAAACCUUACAAGUGCGAAAUUUGUUUAAAGCAGUUUAGCGUCGCAGUCCAUUUGAAAAUACAUUCUAGAACACAUACUGGAGAAAAACCUUACAAGUGCAAAAUUUGUACUAAACAGUUUACUGUGGGAGGUAGUUUAAAAAUACAUAUUAUGAAAAAACAUACAGGAGAGAAACCUCAAAAGAACACAUCAGAAACUAUGAAAACGAAACUUGUACGGUCAAGUAAUAAAGAAGAACAUAAUAAUAUCAGCCAACCUGUUGAAAAAAAAUCAUUUAAAUGUGAAAUUUGUUUUAAGCUGGUUAAUACUGCAAGUAAUUUGAAAACACAUUUGAGAGUGCACACUGGAGAAAAACCGUACAAGUGUGUAAUUUGUUGUAAGCAGUUUAGUGGAGCAGGUUCUUUGAAAACACAUUUGAGAGUGCACACUGGAGAAAAACCGUACAAGUGUGAAAUUUGGUUUAAGCAGUUUUCUCAAAAUGGUGAUUUGAAAACACAUUUGAGAGUGCACACGCACACUGGAGAAAAACCGUACAAGUGUGAAAUUUGUUUUAAGCAGUUUAGUGAAGCAUGUUCUUUGAAAACACAUUUGAGAAUGCACACUGGAGAAAAACCGUACAAAUGUGAAAUUUGUUGUAAGCAGUUUAGGGAAGCAGGUUCUUUGAAAACACAUUUUAGAGUGCACACUGGAGAAAAACCGUACAAGUGUGAAAUUUGUUUUAAGCAGUUUAGUGAAACAUGUUCUUUGAAAACACAUUUGAGAGUGCACACUGGAGAAAAACCGUACAAGUGUGUAAUUUGUUUUAAGCAGUUUAGUGGAGCAGGUUCUUUGAAAACACAUUUGAGAAUGCACACCGUACAAGUGUGAAAUUUGUUUUAAGCAGUUUUCUCAAAAUGGUGAUUUGAAAACACAUUUGAGAGUGCACACUGGAGAAAAACCGUACAAGUGUGAAAUUUGUUUUAAGCAGUUUAGUGAAGCAUGUUCUUUGAAAACACAUUUGAGAGUGCACACUGGAGAAAAACCGUACAAAUAUGAAAUUUGUUUCAAGUCUUUUAUUACAACAAGUAAUUUAAAAACACAUUUGAGAUCGCACACUGGAGAAAAACCUCACAGGUGUGAAAUUUGUUUGACGCAGUUUACCCAGAAAAUUCAUUUGGAACGUCAUUUGAAGGUGCACACUGAUAAAAGAACUUAUAAGUGUGAUGUUUGUUUUAAAGAAUACACUGGAACAGAUAGUCUGAAUAGCCACACCAAAUUGCACACUGGGGAAGUGCACAUGUGCAAAAUUUGUUCUAAGCAUUUUAGUACUGCGAGUAAUUUAAGAAAACAUUUGAAGUUACAUACAGGAGAGAAACCUUUCAAUUGUGAUAUUUGUUUGAAGAAGUUUACGCAAGCAAGUAACUUGACAGCACAUUUGAAAUUACGCACUGGAGAAAAACCUCACAAGUGUCAAAUUUGUUUUAAGCAGUUUAGCCAACCAAGUCAUUUGACAGUACAUUUGAGAUUACACACUGGAGAGAAACCUUACAAGUGCGAAAUUUGUUUAAAGCAGUUUAGCGUCGUAGUCCAUUUGAAAAUACAUUCUAGAACACAUACUGGAGAAAAACCUUACAAGUUCAAAAUUUGUACUAAACAGUUUACUGUGGGAGGUAGUUUAAAAAUACAUAUUAUGAGAAAACAUACAGGAGAGAAACCUUACAAGUGUGAAAUGUGUUUUAAACAAUUUACU